AUGCGCCCAUUAAUCGAAAAUGACUGUUGCAACAUCACGGCGUUUGUUCGAGUUUUGAAGGAUCCUACAGGCGUUUUGUGGCAUAAUUUCAUCAAUUAUGAUUCAAAGAAGGAAACUGGAUAUGUGGGCCUGAAGAAUCAAGGUGCUACAUGUUAUAUGAACUCGUUACUGCAAUCACUCUACUGCACGACACACUUCCGUAAGGCGGUUUAUCAAAUUCCUACCGAAGACGACGAUCCGGUCAAAAGUAUUUCCUUAGCACUGCAAAGAGUUUUUUAUCAAUUACAGACGUCAGAUACUCCGGUUGGAACAACGGAAUUAACGAGAUCUUUCGGAUGGGAUUCGUUAGAAUCAUUUAUGCAGCAUGAUGUACAAGAGUUUAACAGAGUGUUACAAGACAACUUAGAGGGUAAAAUGAAGAAUACAGGAGCAGAUGGUGCUAUUUCUAAGCUCUUUGGUGGCAAGAUGAAGAGCUAUGUUAAAUGCGUCAGUGUAGACUAUGAGUCUUCCCGUGUCGAAGAUUACUAUGAUAUUCAACUUAACGUAAAGGGGUGCAAGACUUUGGAUGAUUCUUUCAUGGAAUAUAUACAAGAAGAGACUUUGGAAGGAGAAAAUAAGUACCAUGCUGAAGGCUAUGGCUUACAAGAUGCGAAGAAAGGAGUAAUUUUUGAAAGUUUCCCUCCGGUGCUUCACUUGCAGUUAAAACGGUUUGAAUACGAUAUGCAAAGAGACACCACGGUUAAG